CCGGUAAGUUUAAAUCAUUCUAUUGUUUAUUUUUGGGCGACAACUUAUAUUGCCCAAAAGUAAACUGUAAUAGCAAAAUAGUAGUAUUGGCAUAGCAGUGUAGCAUACUUAUGACAAAAGUGACUGACAAUAUCAUUUUUAAUGAUGUCUAAAGUUAAGACAAUGAAUUUACGUUUUUGAGCACUAGAAGACCAGUACAGUCGAUUUUUACUAGACCUGACCUUACAAGUUACAUCCACUAGCCCUGACCGAUCUCCAGGGGGAAAAAAACCCUGGUAGUUUCUCCAUAUUUAAAUACUUAAUUUAAAUGACAAAUGUUAAGUUUGAACUAAAGUGUAUUUAUUUAUCUAAAAAAAAUCUAUAGUCUCGUCAUUCAAUUUGAUGCUUUUAUUUUUAACACAUUUUCUAUUUCUUUAAAUUCUACCCGGCACGGAAAUUCUUUAGUCCAUUUACAAUAAAAUGACAUCAACUGUUUGUUUUGUUUUUUUAAAUUUCUAUUUCAUAAGCCCUGCUUUUUUUCUUCCCAACCUUUUCCUUUUUUCUCUCUCUCUCUUUUGGACAUGGUGGAUGAGAAUUCGUAUUUGAAUAUAGAGACAUUCCCGCACAUAUGUCAGUGUUUGAAAUUGGUUUAAAACUUGGUAAAGACCCCAGAUCCAUGCCAAAACGAUGACAUCGACCUCAUCGAAUUGGCAUAGACCGCAACAUUGAAAAAAUAACACAAAUUUAAAACAUUUUCAUUUACUUCUAAUGUAUAUAGAAAGUAUAUUUUCUUUCCAUUUCCAUAACAAUAUCUUCCUUUCCCCAUAACAUUUAUCAUAUGUCGACUGACCAUACAGGAUCCUUUGGGAUAACUUCAUUACUUUAUAAUUAAUCUAGAAAAUCGACAUAGACAAUUUGGUCUAUCUCAAUUACAAUUGGCAUAGAUCGGUGUUAUUUUAUAACAUAGACUCAGUCUAUGGUCCAUUUCAACACUGAUAUGUCAUCACCGAGAAAUGCCUGUUUAUGGUGUAAUUUAUUAAUUUGAUAAACACUUUGUUAUAUUUCAUUUUAAUUCAAAUACAUGUAAACUGUUUUUUAAAAUGAAAAUGAAUUCAAUUUAUAUAAAUUUAUCAAAAACAUAACUUUACACACAUUAACAUUGUGAAGACCUAUGUAAAACAUCACUACUGAUCGCGACUUCUUUAUUAGAAUUAAAAAUAGAGGUAUGUCAUCACGCGGUUCAAAAUUGCUCGCAAACUCUUUACAGUUAUUUUUUGUUAAGAAUAAAAUAUCUUCUGGUUUAAAGUGAAGUUUCUAAAAAAAAAAAUUUUUUUUCAACACGACCAGUCGGACUAGUAAAUCGACAUUUUACCCGACUGAACCUAUCAUUUAUCUAUUUCAUUGUAUUGCUUAUAGGAGCUAUGAGAUUGAUCACUGUUCGUUAUCUUCACCUUUAGUAGACUCGGUUGGUCGGACGUGCCUUAAUAUCAAACCCUGCUUAUUUCAGUAUAAGCAGUACAGUCACUGGGUGUAACAAAUCAUGUUCUUCCUCUUCUACUGACAAAUUACAAAAACGAUUGCAUCUUGGAAUGUUUAACUAGUCCUUUUCCUAUAGUAAGGUCAUUGACCUAUCAAAUCUAUUUGUUAAUUCAUCGACUAAGUCUGGUUAUUUAUUCAUGCUAUGUAAAUUUACUGGAAAAGUUAAUCACAUACAUGUAAGGUGUAUUAAUGUAACAGGAAGGAAGAAAAUGCAACAGACCAGACCAAGAUUCGAACCCGGGUCCCCUGAAUCUCAAGUCAAGUGCUCUACCAACUGAGUUAUCUGGCCACCGGCGAUUGCACCCAGUUGACCGCUACAUUCCUCCCUCCUUAAAUAACAGUUGAAGACAUCAACCCAGAAUCUUAAUCCCCUGGCAGGCAUUUUCACCUGUCAGUUCCAGGGGCUAGUCUAUGACACCAAAUGUAACAGAAAGGGAGAAAAAUGCAACAGACCAGACUGGGAUUCAAACCGGGUCCCCAUAAUCUCUUAAUUAAUUAGGUGCUCUACCAACUGAGCUAUCUGGCCACUAGUGAUCGAACCCAGCUGAUCACUUCACAUAAAUAUCAUGAAUGGAAUACAAGCUCUCAAAAUUAUUUUAUGUGAUUUAAUAUUUUAUUUUUUAAUCCUUCUAUAAAAGCAUUACAAAGAUUUUAUAACAACUGUAAAGACCAAAUCACAAAAGUCUGUUGGGCGUAUGAACACUCGAGAGCAUGGCGUCUGCAUAUUAGUCAAUGCUUUGUUGCCCAAUCCUGUCUCAGACAAAAUAAACACACCUCAUUCGAUGACUGAAGAAGUGGAUUUUACUUCUAAUGUGGUUAAUAUUACCAACCAAACACAAGAAAUUAAUCCAAACGUGGGAUUAUGCAACAAUUCCUCAUCUAGUAAUUGUACUUUGGUUCUCAAUUUUUGAAAAAGGACUGGCACGGUCAGCUAUAUACCUCCCCCUUAGUGAUUAUACCUACGUUGUUAAACAGUUAAAUGAAUUUGAAAAGAUGUGAACAGUUUAAAGUAUAGACUGCACAACUUUGUUGAAUAAUUUAAUGUUUGUGAUAUUUUAUUGACAAUGAAUUCAAUAAUUGAAUUAUUAAUUUUUUUCAACAUUGCUCACUCUUUUAUCUUUUACCAUAUGACAUCACAUAUGCUGUUCUGUGGCUUUUCCAUUCAUUGCUUUGUACUUGGGUGCGAAUUUAAAAUGUACAGGUAGAUAAAAAAAAAAAGCCCACAUUAAAAGAGGUUUUAGGAAUAUAAGCUGCAGUGAAUUUUUUUUUGAAGGGUGUAGUUUCAUAACUGCAAUGGUGUGUGCAAAAAAGAUUCCUGACGCACUAACUCGCGCUAUUGAAUUUGAAUGCACAUGCCGUUGCAGUUUCAAAAUAUAAUAAUUCAUUAUAUGAAUGUUUAACGGAGUGUUUCUGAUGCAGACUGGGUGUGCUGCAUUAUCAUCUAAGGCUUAUAUCAUCGAUAUAGAAGUUAAAUAGUAAAGGACUGAAAAUAUUGCCUUGUUUGACUCCAUGCCUGGAAUUGUAAGAGUGACUUAUGUAGGAAUUUUAUUCUAAAUGCAGUUCUAGUGCUAUAAUAGGCCUAAUCUAUGUUGAAAUGGGUGGUCAUAAAAGUUGAAAGACACUUGGUCUUGUUUCCAUAUUUGGUCAUGAUUUCCAUAUUUGGACUUUAUUUCCAUAUUUUGUCAUGUCUGGCAUUUCCAUACUUUGGUCAUGAUUUCCAUAUUUUGGACAUGAUUUCCAUAUUUGGUCAUAAUUUCCAUAUUUGACCAUGAUUUCCAUAUUUGAAAGACAGUAAAGGGAAAUAGUCCAAGGAGGAUAACACAUAAGACAUUACCAGCUGUAGGUGCAAUACUACAAAUUGAUACCAACGCCUAUAGCACUCAGGGUUGUAGCAGUGAGGGUUCUUUAUUAUGCCAAUGCAUGCUGCCACACGGCACCUCCAUUUUUUUAGAUCAUACCCGAAAGACCUGUGAUUCUCACUUCUAAAUGCAGAGUGUUUGGCAAAGGAGCAAUCACUAACUAUUUUAACGUCUUAUGUUUGAUGUGGCCAUGGCACGGGCAGGGUUCGAACUCACGACCUCCUGGUUGUGAAGUGAAUGCUCUACCACUGAGCUAUAUUAUGAUGUGAGGCAGUGCAUGAAUCUACCAACACCUUAUGGGACAGAUCAAAACUACCUGUAAGGCUAGGAUCAUUAAAGCUACAGUACCCAUGUUCCCAGUGAUGGCAGAAAGAAACCUAUUGUUUUUCAAGAUCAAUUUAUGUACAUGGUAAUUGUGUGGGCACAAACCAUGAUAACAACAGCACUAGUAUAGGGUUAGGAUAAUCAAACUUAUCCACACAUUCAACCCUCACAGUGUGUGUUAUGAUGUAGUGCAGAUUUUGUGUGUCUGUGUGUGUGUGUGUGUCUGUGUGUGUGUGUCUGUGUGUGUGUGUAUGUGUGUGUGUGUCUGUCUGUGUGUGUGUGUCUAUCUGUGUGUGUGUGUGUGUGUCUGUGUUUGUGUCGAUCAGCACACUAGAAACAGAGUACUAAAAAGGCAGGGAGAAUCAUGCAAGCGAACAUAGUACAUGUGUUCUCCAUGUUAGUAUGAAGAUUCCUCUUGUAUCUCAAGGUCAAGGUCAUAACUAUCUGAGUAACCUUGAAGGAAAAGCAGUAUAAAUACAAAGCGUAGGAUCGUCAAACUGGGUGUGUAGAUGUUUUCUAUCACCCGUGGUGAAGCCAGGUAUAUUUUGAACAGUACAUGGAAUUUAUUACUCUAAGAUUAUUCUGUAAGAAAAUGAAAUCUGUCAACAAUUGAAGAUUUAACAAAGCCAUCUUAGACCUACAUUUUUUGUAACAUUUCAUCAAUGCUGUCUGACCAUUGAGAGAGUAAAUAGAAUACCAUUUCAGAUCCAUUUUAGCGUAGUUGAUUGUUAAUCUUUUCUGUCUGUGAUCACUGCAUUACACAACAUACUGGACAGGCAUAUUUUGCGGGAUGAAUAUUUCUCUUGUUAGAUGUUGGUAGCCUAGAUUUUUAGUUUUGGAAAUUUUGAUAUUGUACAUAUUUUGAUAUACAUUGUGUACACAUAUCAAUUAUAUUUACUACCAGGUGUGGAGGAAGAGAAUGUCUCGUGAUCCAGCAUUUAUAUGAUGCUUCUGUGGUAAUCUACAACUGUCUGAAGAGGAUCAUCACAGUGAUGGAGGAUAUAUCAGGUGUAGUGUUGGAUCAAAAGUGGACCUCAGGAACUUCAACCCAUAAAUCUAGGCCCUCCAGGUUAAGGCAGAAUCCCUCCAACUCAGAGAAAGGUAGCAGAAAUAUUACAGUAGAGGCCUGCAGUACUCCACGUUCACCGGUCCAGCUUUACAAAUGUAAGGUGUGCAGAAAAGCAUACCUUAAAUUGUCAAACUUAGAGAAGCAUGAAAAAAGUCAUGAAGGCCAGGUUAAUGAGGUUACUGACAUGGCAACAACACCAAAGUCAAAUAAUGCAAGGGAUUCGCAAGCCACCACGAAAUCGGGUAGCUUGCCAAAUUAUACUGUCAAUAUUCAGAACGUUGUGAGUAUUAAACAGGAAGAGUGUACAGAGAUUAAAGAGAGUAUUAAAUCUGAUAUUUUGGCUCAACAGCAGCUGAAUGAUGAAGUGAACAGGGCAAAUCCACUGCAGUCACUCACGGGAAUAAAAGGGUGCACAUCGACAAAAAUUCAAACUGCCUCUGGUACAGGCCAAAAAACGAGUACUUUUUUUCAGGUAGAGCAGGAGGCAUUGAAGCAUUCUGAAACAGAAAAGGAUGUGCAAAAACAGGUUACCAAGAUCUUGGACUACUUGAACUCAGAGGAUGAUAAAGAUAAUGGCUCAGACUAUCAGAAAGAUGGCCAUACCAGUGAGUUCUGUAGCUUGAUUCCGUCUGCUGCCGAAACAGAAGUGGAGGGAGUGAAGGCAGAGUCAAAUACAACUGAACAAAACAGUGAAAACAUUGCAGAAAAAUUUCAAAAUAUUGAAAGUGGUAAGGACAAAACAACUUUAAAAGAAAUUAGUGAAAAUAUUUCUGAAUUAAAAGAAGCUGGUGUGGUGGAGCUUUUUAAAAAUUCUAGAACAACUAAGAGCGCAAAAAGGGAGGAGCCGGCUUCCUCAGAGCAAUGCCAAGACUGGAGUGAUCGUGGUUCUGAUUUCACAGGAGAAAAAGAUGGUAAUGAGGAUGCAGUUGCUGAACCAAAAAGUGAAGAAUUUAUGGAAAAUAAACCAUUUUCUUGCUCUAUUUGUGAUGAAAAAUUUAAGAAUAAAUCUGACAUGAAGAGUCACAGAUGGAAACAUUCUCUCCUUCGAAGGUCAGUGCGUGGGGAUGAAGGACGAUCUUGUGAUGUUUGUCACAAAUUAGUAAAAUCAAAAAGAGCUUUGAUAGCACACAAGAAGACUCAUUCAAAGGGAGACAAGUGUGAAAAAUGUGGGAAACUAUUUUCCUCUCCAUCAAAUCUGUUUAAGCAUAAAAAGACUGUACAUAUCGAAAAGCUCUUCAUGUGCGAUGUGUGUGGGGCAUCCUACAAGGCGAAGGGACACCUGACCACCCAUACUUUAAAAGUCCACGAUGACAAAACAUACCUAUGUGAAGAAUGCGGAAAAUCUUUUCCUCACCCAUCUAAUUUAAGAAAACACAUUCGAACCCAUGCAGCUAUAAAGUCAUUCAUCUGCGACAUUUGCGGCAGGGGAUUCACUUUUUCUGGUCUCCUGCAUCGCCACAUGAGAACGCACUCUGAUGAGAAACCUUAUAAAUGUAUAACGUGUGGGAAGUGCUUCAGAACUAGUUAUAACCUCUCGGUUCACACGAGAAUCCAUACAAUGGAGAAACCGUUUAGAUGUAACUUGUGUCCACAAGCAUUUAAUCACAAUGUUUCACUGCAAACGCACAUGAAGAAAUGCCAUGUCUUUUUACACAGUUCCAGAGUGCGCUUCCGGUUUCAUGUUAUUUGGCGGAAAGCAUAUUUUCAGGUAGCUCUAACCAAAAUAAGUUCACUAACAGGUAAUGUUGGGUACUGCCUUGACAGUCUGAAAGUGCAGUCCAGAAUAAUUAUCAGACGUGUCUUCAUGAACAACAGCAAGAUGAACGGUCAGAAGAAAUGUCGAGCAAGCAGAAGUUUGUCUUCAGGAAGCGGCCGUCACUCAAUCAGGGAUCGGUCUCCAGUAUCGGGAAGCAGUCGUCGGUCAAUUAGAAAUCAGUCUCCAGCAUCAGGAAGCAGUUGUAGGUCAAUGAGGGAUCGGUCCCCAGCAUCAGGAAGCGGCCGUCGGUCAAUCAGGGAUCGGAGUAAACAAGCAGUGAAAUCUUGUACUUCACAGGCAGAUCCACUAACCAUUAUUUCUCAAUCGUCAAAUAAGAGCAGUUUCGCAAGACCUUUCAGGCAUGUCAAUACACAAGCCGGUGGAAAAUCGCCAAGCACAGAUGUGAAAAAUGAUGAAAAAACAGAUCAUGAUGGAAGAUUUCAAUCUGACUCGGUAGAUAAGAAAGGAGGUCAAAAUCUUAGCAAGUGCAAUAAUGAUAUUGAAAAGGAGGAUGGGGUGGGAACAAAUUCAAUGGACGUUAAUGCUAAUGGUGCAAUGGACAACUCGAACAAGGUUUCAGAAGCUGCAGAAUAUAUCUGUGGAAUUUGUGAGGAGACAUUUAAUGAUGAAGAUCAGCUUAUACAACACAUGGGAAGUCACCCCGAGUUUGUGCCCCCUGUCGUUAUGGAGGGUAAUGAUUCUGAUGAAGUAGAUGUGGAAACCGUGAAAAAACGACCACAAGGGAAAAAGUGCAAGCUGUGUACCAAAUAUUUUAUCAAACUCGCUCGGCACAUGAGGAAGAUGCACACGCCAUUAAGGUGUACGUGUUGUGAUAAAAUUUUUAAAGAUCGCCUGAAAAUGAAGACUCAUGUGUUGCGUGUGCACUCAGGGAAAAAAUAUAAGUGUGAAUUGUGUGAGAAAUCGUACACAACCCGAUAUCAAUUAAGAAUUCACAAAGAAACUAAGCAUGGAGACAAUGCAAGUAUGUGUGAGGUAUGUGGAGAAGUUUUCUUCCAUGAAGUUAAUCUAAAAAGACACAAGAAAAUGCACUUAGGGGAAGAAUAUAAAGAUUUUGUGUGCGAGGUUUGUGGUAAAAGAUUUGCUUUUCACAACAAGUGGAGACACAUUAGGACCCACACAAAGACUAAAGCCUUCAAGUGCCCAGACUGUGAUAAAACGUUCAACGAAAAAGAUCAGCUUAACAAACACGUGCGCAUUCAUACUGGAGAAAAGCCCUACAAAUGUGAGCACUGUCCUAAAGCCUUCAAUCACAAUGUCUCCCUGAAAGCACAUGUCAGAAAGUGUCAUUGAUAUGAAGUUGUCAAGUAAACAGAAAUUUAUACCAAUCAUUGUCACAUGGGAACCAUUCCCCGAUAAAUGUAAUGAAUCACGUGGGCAGAUGUGCAAAUGCUUAGAACUACGAUACUUAGUACUAACAUUGAGAUUUCAGAACUACGAUACUUAGUACUAACAUUGAGAUUUCAGAACUACGAUACUUAGUACUAACAUUGAGAUUUCAGAACUACGAUACUUAGUACAAACAUUGAGAUUUCAAACUUCAGAGAGGCUAUUAUACUCUAUACUGGUUAUCUUGAAAACAACGAAUCGGUUUGACAGCACGACACAUGCUUUUGAAAACACUGCGUACAUUCUCAUUCAGUUGUCUACUGAAGUACAUUUUUAUUUUCAUACAUCAUGUAUAUCAUGUAAAUUGUAUAUAUGACAGAAUGAGAAUUAUUAAGAAAUAGUUAUUCUGUUGAAUGAAGAAAAUGUUAUUUUCUGUUUGAGUAGAUAUCUGAAAAGCAGUUGGAUUAAGGGGUAAUAUCAAAAGAUUGAUGUCUGACAAAAACUAAAUUCGCUUAGUUUUAACUAAGACCCCCCCCCCCCCCCCCCCCCCCCCCCCCCCCCCCUUAAAAUUAAAUAUGAUGUAUGUUGAAACUAAUCAAUUAACAAGUAAAAACAUAUGAGUACAUGUAUAAAUAACACUCUGUACACCUUUUCUACUACUUAUUCAUAAAUGAAAGUGUACAUUAAAACUAUUAUUAGAUAUUCAUGAAGAUUUAUACAAUUCAUGGAUUAUUGUGUGGUUUUUAACAGCGACCUGUCUUUUUAGCUUUUUCCACUGAAGUGUAAUCAAUGUCAGAUGGCUGAAAUUUAUGGGAGUGUUUAUCCCUCCUCCCCCUCCCCCUUCCCCACUAACUAUUUGAAUUUAGAUAUUUAUCCAACAUUGAUCUUUUCAUCUUGCCCCUAAAUCAUGUGAUGUUUCAUUGCUGAAAGAGGAAUUGUAUUUCAUGAUUAUAUAUUUACAUUCCCUGAA